GUUCAUUUUCACAUAAUGCGUCUGUCGUACAUUCUUCUACUUGUCUGUACAUUUGCCCUGGCUAAGGCUGGCACGUGGCGUCAGUCACAGGACUAUAAUACGAGUGACGAGGAGGUCCGACCAAGCUGGACUCAUAGACACUCUGAGAUGUGGCCCUGUGAUGUCGCCGAUUAUCCAGAAGCCUAUUUGCUUAUACACAAAGUAGAAAAGCGUCUGGAGCGCAUAGACGACAACGAACAACUAAAAACCAGAGUCAUAGACUAUGUGGUGGACCAGUUGAGACAGUGUAAAACAGGCAAUGACAUGGACGAGCACUGUGUCAAACGUUCCAUUGGCUAUGCCAUGUCCUUUAUAAACCGCAACAAAAGGCAACAGCUGUAAUGUUAUUUAAAAAAGAAACGUCUUAUAUAUCAAAAUAAAUGAAUACAUAACAUAGAACCAAAAAAAAAAAAACUGCAAUUAAUAAAGUUACUAGUGUGUCUAGCCGGCUACGUGGGUAA